AUGACCAACAGUACACCAUCCACCCCUGUUCACGCUGCUGCUGCAGCUACUACAGCGAAAAUUACUUUAAACGAACCACCAACAGAUAAAACAAUGACGAUGAAAGAAACACCAGCACAGAAACCGCAAAAGCAAUCCACUUUGAAUCCGGAAGGUAAAAUGUCAACCUCCGUACAUGUGAAAGACGCAUCAUCACCUGCAACGACUACUUUGUCUCCGUCCACAGUACAACAAGCAGUAGAGCAACACCUCCAGCACUUAGCUCCAGCACCACCGCUAUCACAACCACCCAUUGUUGCGCUUUCUCCAGCUUUGUCUCCAUACCCUCAUCCUCAACAUCCUCCCGUCUAUUAUCCUAUUUAUCAUCCUCAUCAGUCCUAUCUUUUAUCGAUAAGUCCUCCGCUGCCCAUUUCGCCUAGUUUAUCACCAAAGCCUCCAUCCACUACGUGUACAAUAGCAUCCACAGUACCCACGCCGGCCAUGACGUCAAAUGCACAGGUUACGCCUCCCAUUCACCCCACGACCCCUAUCCCUACUGCCCCUACUACUACUACUACUCACCAGCGUAUUCUUCCUAAAUCACCUGUCCCUAUCACAACAACAACAACCACGCAAACUGUACCUCAUGCACAUCAUCCAACAGCCACACCCUAUGCUCUCUAUUCCUAUCCUUAUUCACUUCAUAUCUCACCCCCGUUACAUCCCACCCAUACCGUCGCGGCGGGAGCAGCCUCUUCACCUACUGUGCCAAGCCCCAUUGUUUAUUCUCCACACCGAGCAUCUGUUCCACUUCUUAUGACAACACCCACAGCGACGAAUACUACUACUACGGCAGACCAAAGAGAACAGGCAAGAAAAUUGUCUCAUAGUGCCAUUGAGAGAAGAAGAAGAGAAAAAAUCAACGACAAAAUCUUGCAAUUGAAAGAGUUGAUUCCAUCCUGUGCAGAAAGAAAUGAUUUACAUAAAAUGACUAUUCUACAAAGUGCUAUAGAUUAUAUUACGUAUUUGAAGAAACAAAUGAAUGAUCAACAACAACAACAACAACAACAACAACAGCCACCAACAACCACCUUGCAAGAAACCGAUGAGAAAAUCCCCAACUCACCAGCAAAAGUCACUGCCUCUUCAUGUACUGCUGCUGCUCACACCGCGCCUACGACAUCAAUGGUACACCAGCAACAGCAUCGAACGUCUCCAACCCCAUCACCCAAACAGAUCGAGUUUUUUACCCAUCCAUUUUCAAUUCACGGGAAACGCUUAAAGACGGACCAGAGGAGCCACCCCUCUUCUACAACGACUCCUACUGCUACUACCCCUUUAUCCACGACAGAACCGUUCAACCCAAUUUUUGCACAAGAUAGAAUGGAAGACGACGAGCAGGAAGAGGAUAGCUCAUCCUAUGUCUCUGCGUCGCCUCUGUCCUUGACGGCAAAAAACAAUUACUCCAACCCAACAAGUGCCAUCACCUCUCCUCCCGUUAUCUGCCUUAAGCCUAAAGAUAUAAUACAAAUGAAUAAAGAGCAGCAAAAGAAAAGACAAAAGUUCAGAGAGAGCCACUUGAUGGAUGAAGAAAAAGAACGGGUGGAUGCAAUAGAGCCGCUGGCACUACCAUCGAAAAGAAUCGUUGACAGCAAGAGUAUGAGAGCGAGCAUAGCCAGUGAUAUCGAUAACGAGAUGGCUAUUCAUUCUUCAACAUCGCCAACAAAAUCAGUAGAAGUCAAUAGUACUACUCAUCAUAACAUGAAUCUAAAUAACUUAUUAUGCUAA